AUGUGUUCGAAAUUCGUCUGUGCCGUACUUAUCGCGUCCUUUGCCUGCAGCGCUGCCGCUCUACCCUCACUGCAACAGCUGGAUAACAGCGAAAAGGACGUCAUUGGUUUGAUCAAUAGAAUCGACAGUGCCGACUCGCUCCCACUCUUCGGUGGUCUGCGUGUAGAACGCUCGGAAACUGGUCGCUCAUUCGGUGCCUCCGCCAAGGGUAUUGAAUCGGUUGAUGAGCGCGUCGAACGUUAUCUAGCUACACACGAAUUGAACUUCGGUCUGCCCGGCGAUGAGGAUGAGGAAGCCGAAAACGAAUACGCCGGCCGUGCCAUGGAGGAAUCCCGCAGCAAGAAAAUGAAGAAGAUGCUCCUGCCUCUGCUCCUGAUCUUGAAGCUGAAGAAGGCUGUUCUCUGCAAGAUUGCUUUCAGCAUCGUCAAAUUCAUCUCCCUCAAGAGUUUGGCCAUCUCCAUUUUGGCUCUGAUCCUUGCUGGCGCCACUUUCUUCAAGGACUUGUUGGGCAAGAAGAAGGAACACAUCACCACCGCUUACAUCACUGGCAGCCCAUUGAACGCUGAGAUCGUGCACUCCGACUGGAACCGCAAUGGCCAGGCUGCUGCCUCUGACUUGGCCUACAACCAAUAUGGCUUGGCUCAACCCUUCUAAAUGUCUACAACAAUACAAGCGAAUCGACAACGGCACAACCCGCCGCUAGACUACUUUUAACUAGAUUUACACAUCUCCUCCUUAUCCUCCUCUUCCUAUCCUUAUCCUAU